CCGCAAUGGUUAGUGGGCCAGUCUGCCACCAACCUCUGCACCUCGUCAAAUCCUCGCCCUCUUCGUCUUCGUUGAAGCUCCAAACCACAAAUCUGUUUCCAGUUCUCUCUCCACAAUUGAAGAUCCAAGUUUGUGGAAUCUGCGCACUGUGUAAGAUCAUGGCGGGAGGUAAUUUUGUGCAUCGUGUUGUGUCUUACCUUGUUAAUGAAGUUCUCGUUGAAAGUCUUGCCAACAGCCGAACAUUUCAAAGAUUUGCUGUGAAGACUUCAAAAUCAGUGGAAGAAAUUUCAAGCAUGGCUGCAAAGAAGAGGCAGGAAAUCGCUGAACAAGUGAAGGAAAUGUCGAGGAACUUUGAGUCGAAGAAUCAUUGAUGCGAACGAUGGAGGUUUUCGACCAUGGAUCCACGAUUUUCUUCAUUCGGUUAGUUGUUACAAAUACUCUACGAUUGUUAUGAUUCUACAAUGUUUGAGAUAACAUAGCUUGCUCUUUUGUUAAUAUUAAAUUUUUGAAUAGAAUUUUUGUAAUUUUUCCAUCUUGGUGGAUGGAAUUUAUGUGUUAUAUGCUAGGGGAGUUUGGUUGGAGGUAUUAAGAAGCCAUUAAUGGGAUUUAAUAUAUAAGAAAGUGACAAGCCUAAAUAUUUCAUUCC